GGUUUUAACCCUCGCUGGGGAGAAGAGACUUAACUCCAAAAAGAAAAAAACAGAAGCAGAGAGAAGGGAAGAAAGCGAGAGCGGCGGAGCUCGGAAGCGAGAUAUAAGAUGGUGAAGUUCCUGAAGCAAAACAAGGCCGUGAUAAUGCUCCAAGGCCGUUACGCUGGCCGCAAGGGAGUGAUCGUGAGGUCGUUCGACGACGGAACCCGGGACCGCCCCUACGGCCACUGCCUGGUCGCCGGAAUCUCCAAGUACCCCAAGAAGGUCAUCCGGAAGGACUCCGCCAAGAAGCAGGCCAAGAAGUCCAGGGUCAAGUGCUUCAUCAAGCUCGUCAACUACAACCACAUCAUGCCUACCCGCUACACCCUGGACGUCGAUCUCAAGGACAUUGUCACCGGCGACUGCCUCCAGUCCCGCGACAAGAAGGUCACCGCUGCCAAGGAGGCGAAGACCCGCUUCGAGGAGAGGUUCAAGACCGGUAAAAACCGCUGGUUCUUUACCAAGCUUAGGUUCUGAGGAGGAGAGGAUCUCCCCCUUGUCUUUCUUUAUACAUCGUUGCUUAUUUUGAUAGGACUUGAGCAGAAUUGUUAUCUAUCUAGAAGUUAUUUAAAGCAUUUCCCUGCUCUGCUCGGCUCUGCUCGUGAAUGAUUUUGUUUGCUUUGCAGUACUCAGUUUUGGUUUUUUAAUUUCCCUGAAACUCUUGUAUUCUGAUAAAUACUACUCCCUGUUUUAGAAUUAUCAUUUCCUGAAAAUUGUCAUCAUGCUCGUUUGGCUCGUGGGCUGAAUUCCUAUUGCCUAUU